AUGGAUGCUCUAAAUCAAACAAGAGUGACUGAAUUUGUCUUCUUGGGACUCACUGAUAAGUGGGUGCUGGAGAUACUAUUUUUUCUGGCAUUCUCCGUCACAUAUGUAUUAACCCUUUUGGGAAACACUCUCAUUAUAGUUACUAUAGUCUUUACUCCACGCCUCCAUACCCCCAUGUAUUUCUUCCUGAGCAAUCUGUCCUUUAUUGACAUCUGCCACUCAUCUGUCACUGUGCCCAAGAUGCUAGAGGGCUUGCUUUUAGAGAUAAAGACUAUUUCCUUUGAUAAUUGCAUUGCACAGCUCUUCUUCCUACAUCUGUUUGCUUGUGCUGAGAUCUUUCUGCUGACCAUUAUGGCUUAUGAUCGUUAUGUAGCCAUCUGUGCUCCAUUGCACUAUUCUAAUGUGAUGAGCAUGAGGGUCUGUGUACAGCUUGUCUUUGCUCUCUGGUUGGGGGCUACUGUUCACUCUCUGGUGCAGACCUUCUUGACCAUUCGUCUACCUUACUGUGGCCCCAACAUUAUUGAUAGCUACUUCUGCGAUGUGCCCCCUAUCAUCAAGCUGGCUUGCACAGAUACAUACCUCACGGGAAUGCUAAUUGUGUCUAAUAGUGGAACCAUCUCCCUCACCUGUUUCCUGGCUUUGGUCACCUCUUACACGGUCAUCCUGGUUUCUCUUAGAAAACAUUCAGCUGAAGGGCGCCGGAAAGCCUUGUCUACCUGUUCAGCCCACUUCAUGGUUGUAGCCUUCUUUUUUGGACCAUGUAUCUUCAUCUACACUCGGCCAGACACUAGCUUCUCCAUUGACAAGGUGGUAUCUGUCUUCUACACGGUGGUCACUCCUUUGCUGAAUCCUCUCAUUUACACCUUGAGAAAUGAGGAGGUAAAAAGUGUCAUGAAGCAUCUCAGACAGAGAGUUUUUUUCAUGAAGUCAGGUACAUGAUGGGUUUGGAAUUACAAAUAUAAUUAUGGCCAUAUCUUUAACAGUAAAAGUAAAGAA